AAUGGAGGGCACAGGGGCUGUUUGGGUUAUCUCUCAGGGUUCAUAUUAGGGAGCAGGGAACCUGGGUUUGGUUGCUCUGGUUCUCAUGAAGUCAGUCUCUGCCACAACAAUCGUCCAGGCCCCAUCCUCUUAGAAGGAAGGGUCUGUACCCGAAGGGCUGCAUGAUCUUUUGCCUCUCCCAUUCUCCCCUAAAACCCAGCAGUCUCAAAAUCUGAGAAUGGAGCAGAAGGAAAGACAAGGGACAAAAUUACAGAGCCUCAUAGCCUAUUCUUAACUAUUCCUCUCAGAAGAGGCAAAUUAUCCCUUCUUCCUCAGGAACCAUUGCCAUACACACUCUUCUCCCACCUCCCUGCUCCCCUCCCCUCCACUGGAGCUGCUGCCAUGGUUGCCAGGAUGGUUGCUAAGUCUCUGCAUGGAAGGGUUGGCGUGGGCUGUGCUGCCACUAACAUUACCAUGGUGAAUCAGGGGACACCUGGUGUAGGCUUGGGGGGAGGGAGCAUGUGGAUGUAAGCAACACCCCCUGCCCCUGGCAGAAUGAGUGUAAAAGGUGAGCAUCUUGAGCACCACUUCAGGUGGGGGCUAAGUGAGCUAGGCAUUGUGGUAGUGGUGAUGAUGGGCAGCUCUAUGCUGGGAAGUGGGGGCCACUCGUUAUCAUUUCAGUUGCUAGGGUAUUGGUUUUGCCAAGGGAGCACACCAUUCCUCCUCCAUCCCUUCUGAAAGGGUGCAAAUGCAUAAGCACCUUAGUCUGUCCUCCAUAAGGCUGAGCAGAGCUGUGUGGGCACAGAACAGUAUGACCCCCAAAUCCUGGCUUCUGGAUUGGGGGAGAGAGCCUGCUGUGGGAAGAGGGCUCCAUACGUGCCCAAGGACAAAUACCUAGAAUAGGAACGUGGGACAGUUGAUAGCCAAGACAGACUCCUGUGUCCUACCAGCAGCCCUGGGCUGCAACACCCAGAGGGCAAGGAGUUAAAGGUGUGGGGGGUCACCCUUGCUGAGCUUGGGGAGGCAGCUCUCCCCCAGAGUCACAUAAAAGCUGCGUGAAAGCCACCGCCUCCUCCCUCCACCGCAUGGAAGCUGGUUACUCAUCUCUCUGCACCCGAACAGCCACUGCCGCUAAAAAUAGACCCCCUGCACCCCAACCCCAUGGAAACCAGCAGAGAAUGGCAGGCAGAGACCUUGAGUUCCAUUCCUGUCACCUCCCAGUUAGGGAAACUGAAGUCCGAGGCAGGAAGUCAGUGGCAGAACCCUGGUGGUGGGGCACCCCGACAAGCAGAAGAGUGAAGGGUUAAAAACGGCGGGGAGGUUGAAGAAAUGGGGGUGGGGGGAGGGCAGCAUCAGCUUGGCAAAAAUAAGAAGUCCCCUGCCCACUCGCGCAGGUCCCAUCAGGCUUGGGGGACAUGAACAGUGGGAAGGGGCGCCCAAUCCCGGGCCCCAGGGGGCGGCCGUGCACAUGGGGGAGGCAGCAGCGCUGUGCCGUCCGCGCCGCACCGUGUCACAUGCGCGCGCGCGCACACACACACAGACAGGCACACACGUGUGCCUGGGUAUAUAUAGUCCCCAGUCUCUGGGCCCGUUGCUCUGCAGUGGGCGCCGGCUCCUCGGGCUGGGAGGGGGCUCUCGGGGCGGGUGGGAGGGUGGGGGGCCGGGGUGGGGUGGGGCAGGAUGCUGGAUGGCCAGCUCUUCUCCGAGGGGCCCGACAGCCCCCGGGAGCCCCAGGAUGAGGAGUCUGGCAGCUGCCUCUGGGUGCAGAAAUCCAAGCUGCUGGUGAUCGAAGUGAAGACUAUUUCCUGUCAUUAUAGUCGCCGCGCCCCUCCUCGACAGCCCAUGGACUUCCAAGCCAGCCACUGGGCCCGAGGGCCCCAGAGCCGCACGUGUGGGCCGCGCCCGGGAUCCCCUGAGCCGCCGCCCCGCCGUCCCUGGGCCUCCAGGGUGCUGCAGGAGGCGACCAACUGGCGGGCGGGGCCCCCGGCCGAGGCCCGAGCCCGGGAGCAAGAAAAAAGGAAAGCGGCAUCGCAGGAGCGGGAGGCCAAGGAGACCGAGCGAAAAAGGCGCAAGGCUGGUGGGGCCCGAAGGAGCCCCCCCGGUCGGCCCCGCCCGGAACCUCGGAACGCCCCUCGGGUGGCCCAGCCUGUAGGGCCCCCGGCUCCUUCACGACCCGAGCGCCUGGGGCCGGCGGGGCGACCGCCCCGUCCAUCCGCGCAGCCGCAGAGCGACCCAGGGGCGGCGUGGGCGGGGCCCUGGGGAGGUAGGCGGCCAGGGCCCCCCAGCUACGAGGCUCACCUGCUGCUGAGAGGCGCAGCCGGGACAGCCCUGCGACGACGCUGGGACCGCCCGCCACCCUACGUGGCUCCACCUUCUUACGAAGGCCCCCACAGGACCUUGGGGUCAAAGAGAGGCCCCGAGCCCUCCCAGGCGCCAGCCUCAGCAACCUCUGCUCCGAUUCCGUCCAGGACAGAGGGAGGGUGCGCAAAGAAGAGGCUGGAUCCUCGGAUCUACCGGGACGUCCUCGGGGCUUGGGGUCUCCGACAGGGGCGGGGCCUCUUGGGGGGAUCCCCAGGCUGUGGAACAGCCGGGCCGAGGCUGGAGUCCUUGGGCAAGGGGGCAGCGGAGAAAAGCCUGGGGCUGGCCACUGCUGGCCUGAAUAGUGGUAGCGACGGCCAUUCCCAAGCCAAAGCUGCUGUUAGCCCAAGCACUGAGACGGCUCCUGCCGGCUUGGCCGCUGCGACUCCCAGCCCCCCGCGUCCCGCUCCCAGGUCCAAGCCCCAUCUCAAGGGCUCCGGGGAAGGGAAAGAAAAUAGGGAACAGAGCAGGCUCCCCAAAUGCUGGAUUCCCUCCCUUAAAAAGCAGCCGCCCCGACAUAGCCAGACCCUCCCCAGACCCUGGGCUCCAGGAGGCACGGGAUGGAGAGAGUCCCUAGGUCAUAGAGAGGGGGCUGGACCUGAGACCUUGGAGGGUUGGAAGGGGACCCGCCGCGCCCACACCCUACCCCGCAGUUCCCGCGGCCCUGCUCGUGGAGAAGGCGUCUUUGUCAUUGACGCCACGUGCGUGGUGAUCCGGUCACAGUAUGUCCCAACCCCUCGAACCCAGCAUGUACAACUUUUGCCCGAUGGGGUUCCGCGCGUCGUGGGGGAUGCCCCUAAUCAACCGAAGCCCAACAAGGAGGAGGGCGAGGGAGCCACGGCCUUUCCCUCCCCUUGCCAGAAACGGCUCUUGAGCAGUCGCCUUUCACACCAGCUCGGUGGAGGGCGCGGGCUCGAAGCUGAGGGCGGGAAGCCCGCGGACUCCUCCUUGGAGGAGCGCGCCUCCCGCAUCUUGGGGCUCCCUGUUGGCGAAGUAAACCUUCAGGACGCUCCCCCGCAGCCGGGUAGCCCUGAGCGCUCGGCCUCAGGCCCAGCGGCCUCAGGAGGCACGGUCAGUGCCGAGGGCUCGGAGGAAGGGGCGGCGGUCCCGCGGCGCGCGAGCCGGGCCUGGCCGCGGACCCCAGGGCCCUACGCCGGGGCCCUGCGGGAAGCCGUAUCCCGCAUCCGCCGGCACACCGCCCCAGACUCGGACUCGGACGAAGCUACGGAGCUCAGCGUCCAUAGCGGCUCUUCUGAUGGAAGCGACACAGAAGCCUCGGGCGCCUCCUGGCGAAAUGAGCAGCCCCGGCCCGGGGAAGGCGGGAAGACAGCAGAGCUGAGCGACAGCAUCCGAGAUAUUCUAGAUGUCAUCAGCCGAACCGAGGAGGCCCUCUUCGGAACGAGGGACACUAAGGGGAUCCCACAGGAAAAUAGGGAGCGGCAGUGACAGGCCCUUCCUUGUAUUUGUGUUCCCCACUUUUCCAUCUUUGGGCCCACUGGUCCUCUUUCCUCACAGACUUCCUUCUACCCCUUCCCCAGAGUCGUUCCCAUACUUGAAAUAGAAGCCGCCCAAAUGAAAGGAAAGGGAGCAUAUGCCAAUUCACGAUUUAUUCCUUUCCUUCCCCUCCCCUCCCCUCCCCUCCCCUCCCCUCCCCUCCCCUCCCCUCCCC